GCACACGGGGUAGAGUGGAGAAGUCUAAGAUGAUUUUGCUUCUUCUUGUCCUUAGUUUUGCUAUUUUCGUUGGAGGAUUAGCCUUUCAAGAUGAUUCAGGUUCCAAACAUUGUCUAAAGCACCAGGUCCUAAUCCACGACAUCAAAGAAAAAUAUUUUAUGGAUAGAGGAGAAACUAUUGAGAUUUGGGCAAAAAUCGUUCAUGAUCUAUGGAAGGACAACAGAUUGAUCGCUGGUGUAAGCGAUCCUUCUUCUCUCUCAUUCAACCUGUCUUGUGUUCAACAAGCAACAGAGUUCAAAGGAGUAGUUACCAGAAACAUGACAGCAGUUAUAUAUGAAAGUGAUCCAAAGCCUACUUACAUAUCAAAUAGAACAAAGAACUCGUCUGGAGAAUUUGAAUUUUACAUCAAGGCAUUUUCUCAGGAUGAUUGUAACACUGCUAAAGUGUCUACCAAAAUCAUUGUUGGCUGCCCUACGACCAGAAGACUUCAAAUUCAUGGCCGGACAUUUGAAGGAUGUGAUGAAUAUAAGGUCUACAACUACACAAUUCAAAGGGAACAGUUCAAUGGAAAUACUUCAAAGGUAGUUCAUUAUGAUUUUAAAAACCUCGGAUGUCCCAUUACAUCCAUUAUAAACAGCCAGUUCAAACCAACAGUGCAUAGAUAUGACAAUGAUAAGUUUGUAACUGAAGUCACUGGUGACUUCCUAUUGUGGGAGAAGCAUGGCCGAAACUCAUAUCACUAUAGUAGGACCAUGAGACAGGCUGGUUGUGUCAGAGCUCCUCAGGAAUGGAGUGAAAUGAUUGAUGGCUUAAAAGCCAUUGAAGUUGAUCGAGAAUGGAAACAACAGGUCCACCACAGUUGUUUUAAUCUCAAUGGAAGCAACUUUAAGGAUGACUCUAACAUGGACAUGCCAUAUGAAAUAACGAACAGUACGGGAGGAUCUGCAGUGAUAUGGAACGAUGGAGGAUUAUAUGUAUUUAAACUGAGAAUUAUUGACCCUCACACAAGCUUCUGUGACCUAACUGCUGAGUUCGCUGUCAAUGUUGGCUUCACUGACACAACUCCAGAACAUGUCCCAACAUUUGUGGUGCUGGGAGCAUCAUGCCUUGGUAUUUUACUGGGAACAGUUGUUGCAUAUCUUAUAGAUGCAUAUUGUUUAUGCUAGGUAAUGCAGUCAGAACUGACAAAAAUAUUGCAU